ACCAUGCAAGCUGGCCGAUGUCCGACAGAUGAGCUGUCGCUGACUAACUGUGCCGUCGUGAGCGAGAAGGAUCUGCAGUCAGGACAACACGUGACAGUGAAAACUACACCAAACCACAAGUAUGUGUUCACAGUCAAGACCCAUCAUACUGUAGCACCUGGAAGUAUCGCCUUCAGCCUGCCGCAGAGAAAAUGGGCAGGUCUCUCCAUUGGCCAGGAGGUGGAAGUAUCCAACUACAACUUUGACAAGGCCAAGCAGUGUAUUGGUGCCAUGACAAUCGAAAUCGACUUCCUGCAGAAGAAGAACACCGACUCCUCUCCCUAUGACUCAGACAAGAUGGCUGCUGAGUUCAUCCAGCAAUUUAACAACCAAGCCUUCUCUGUCACCCAGCAGUUAGUGUUCAGUUUCUGCGAUAAGCUGUUUGGCUUGGUGGUGAAGGAUGUCGAGGCAAUGGACGCCAGCAUCCUGAAAGGGGAUCCAGGAAAGAAGCCACAAAAGAUUGACAGCGGUCUGAUGGUGGGCAACAGCCAGGUGAUUUUUGAGAAGGCAGAGAAUUCUUCUCUCACACUUGUGGGUAAGGCAAAAACCAAGGAGGCACGGCAGACAAUCAUUAACCCUGACUGGAACUUUGAGAAAAUGGGAAUUGGAGGUCUGGACAAGGAAUUCUCUGACAUUUUCCGCAGAGCCUUUGCUUCCAGGGUUUUCCCUCCUGACAUUGUGGAGCAGAUGGGCUGUAAGCAUGUGAAGGGGAUCUUGCUGUUUGGGCCACCAGGAUGUGGAAAAACACUGAUGGCCAGGCAGAUCGGCAAGAUGCUCAACGCCCGUGAGCCAAAGGUUGUCAACGGCCCAGAGAUCCUCAACAAGUACGUGGGAGAGUCUGAGGCCAACAUCCGCAAACUGUUUGCUGAUGCAGAGGAGGAGCAGAAGAGGCUUGGCGCCAACAGCGGUCUCCACAUCAUUAUCUUUGAUGAGCUGGAUGCCAUCUGCAAGCAGAGAGGCACGGGCGCUAGCAGCACUGGUGUACACGACACUGUGGUCAACCAGCUCCUGUCGAAAAUCGAUGGCGUGGAGCAACUUAACAACAUCCUGGUUAUUGGAAUGACCAACAGGCCCGACCUCAUCGAUGAUGCUCUGAUGAGGCCUGGCAGGUUUGAGGUGAAGAUGGAAAUUGGUCUACCUGAUGAGAAGGGCCGUGUCCAGAUUCUAAACAUCCACACCACUAAGAUGCGAAGCUUCAAUCUGCUGGCCUCAGAUGUUGACAUCAAAGAGCUGGGCUCGGAGACAAAGAACUACAGCGGUGCCGAGCUGGAAGGGCUUGUCAGGGCAGCACAAUCCACCGCCAUGAACCGACAUAUCAAGGCUACAUCUACGGUUGAGGUCGACAUGGAGCGGGCAGAGAAGCUUCAGGUCACCAGAGAUGACUUCAUGGGAUCCCUCAACAACGACAUCAAGCCUGCUUUUGGAACAAACCAGGAGGAUUAUUCCAGCUACGUCAUGAACGGUAUCAUCAAAUGGGGCGACCCUGUUACCCGUGUCCUGGAUGAUGGAGAGCUGCUUGUCCAGCAGACAAAGAACAGUGAUCGCACUCCUCUGGUGGCUGUACUUCUGGAGGGUCCAUCCCACAGUGGAAAGACAGCCUUGGCAGCUAAGAUUGCAGAGGACUCUCAGUUCCCCUUCAUUAAGAUCUGCUCUCCAGACAAGAUGAUUGGAAACUCAGAGAUCUCCAAAUGCCAGGCUAUCAAAAAGGUCUUUGAUGAUGCAUACAAGUCCCAGCUCAGCUGUGUUGUGGUGGAUGACAUUGAGCGGCUGCUUGAUUAUGUGCCUAUUGGCCCUCGUUUCUCCAACCUUGUGCUACAGGCUCUGCUGGUGUUGCUUAAAAAACCUCCACCCAAGGGCCGGAAGCUGCUUAUCAUCGGCACCACCAGUAGAAAGGAUGUUCUGCAAGAGAUGGAGAUGCUGGAUGCCUUCAGCACCACUAUCCACGUUCCCAACAUCUCCACUGGGGAGCAGUUAGUCGAUGCUUUAGAGCUGCUGGGAAGCUUCACCGAUAAAGAGCGAGCCAGCAUUGCACAGCAGCUCAAAGGGAAGCGGGUCUGGAUCGGCAUCAAGAAGCUCCUAGUGCUCAUUGAGAUGUCACUUCAAAUGGAUCCAGAUUACAGAGUGAUCAAAUUUAUGACUCUGCUUAGAGACGAGGGAGCGUUGAAUGACGGUGAUCAAAUCCGAAUUUAAGUCGCUCUUAACUGUGAUCGCAGUUUGUAAGAGUAGAGGGAGCAACUGGAAUUGAGGAGACUCACUAUCUGCAAAGCAUUAACAGGAACCAAUAAGGGAGGAGAAGCAAAAGAAAAACCAGAACCUUGUUGUCCAUUCACCCACUGAUCAGCUGGUCUAAAUUAAUACUUGACAACUGCUCUCAUCUACUGCAUGUUCCAUUGAGAAAAUGUGUCUGUAUCCCCUUCCUCCUGCUCAUCACUAACAGCUCUUAUUAACAUUUUGCAGCCAACUAUUGGAAGUGGUAGUGUUAAAAUCUGUUCUCUGUAAAGGAACUGCAAUAGAUGAUUAUGGAGGAAAAAAAGUGUUGUUUUGUGCAUUGUGUGUAAAAAAGAACAAAAAGAGGAAGCCGCGUUUUUAGCUGUACUAGCUGUUGUAUUUGUUGCAUAUUUCUUGUCCUGCUGGCAGUAGCUAUUGUUGUGUAUCCCCACAAGCAGUAUAAACACAACACAGGCAAAAGUGACUCAAAUAGCCCUUUGGCUGCUGAGAAGUGAAUUUACGAAAGGCUUUUAGUGAUUUACUUGUGGCUGUAUAAAGAAGCUGUUUCAUGUGUAAAUGUAAUCCAUUUAAAUAUACAGUAUGACAUUGUUCUGUAAAUAAUAUACAUAGAAAGAUAAAAUACAGUUAAACAGAAGAUGGAUAUUUCAUAGUUUAUCAGUAUGGUCCUCCUUGCUGUGGAGCUGGAGAUGUUUAUUCGACCAGAUUUGAUUUCAAUGUAGUAAUAAAAAAUAUGUUAAUGAUUGUUGGCCUCUUUCUGUGUAUACAGUGCAGUUCAGUUCUUUGUUGGGAAUUGUUGGAAACCCAAUGCUGCAUGUGUAUAGUGUGUGUGUAUGAGUGGUUGAUUAAAGUUUAUUCAAAUGGAAUCGUGUGUUUGUAAUUAAUUGUGUACUCCCAAAAAAAGAUAGCUGUAUAUUAAUUUGUAUUUUUGUUGCUUAUGCCUUGUGCUCAGUGCUCAAAACUAAUCCAAACUUCCUGUUCUGUACAGACCAUUGACGAUGGGUGUGUGUGUGUGUACAUAAAUGUCAAUGUUCAGAUGGAUUAUUACAAUAAAUCACUCAUAUGCACAGCAAAACAAACCUUU